AUGGAUCCAAAGGCCUAUGUCCUAGCCUUGGCGAUAGUACGGUCAUGCUUUGAAGGUGAAAGUGACAUAUCGGUAUUGCUAGUUUUGGCAGGAGAAAAGCAGCUGAAGCAUUUCAACUGCCACCUCGAUCCGCUUCUUACUGUCUCUCAGUCUCUCCAGCUAAUUGUGGAGGGGCCCUACCACGGACAAGCCGAGGAUGAUCAAUUCAUAAGCACUUCGGUCUUGAUACUGGAUGCAGAUGGGAGCGACAUCGAUUAUGCGAGCUUGCAACUGAAUUUUACUCCUCCGCACAUCUUAUCCAUUGACCAGAACAACAUUGCGAAGUUCAAAUUUCAAGAAGAUAUUCAAUCCGAGCCAAGAGCACGACGAAUGGUCAAAUGCUUCAAUAAAUGCUUACAGCAAGUCCAAGCGUAUGAUAAGCGACAGAUUGCGGAUAUAGAUCCGACAAACGACUCUGACGCUGCGCAAAUAUAUACUUGGAAUAACAAGGCGAUACACGUUGAAUAUGACUUGGUCCAUAGAGUAGCUUUUGAUCACGAUCGAAACGCCCCUGCUAUUCACUCUUGGGAUGGUUCAUUCACAUUCGGCGCCCUGGAACAAGCUAGCACACGCUUAGCUCAUUAUCUCAGAAAACUUGGAGUACGGCGAGAGUCUAUCGUGCCGCUUCUUCUCCAGAGAUCAUCCUGGGCAGUCGUCGCAAUGCUCGCGGUUCUCAAAGCAGGCGGAGCAGUACUGGCGCUCAAUGCCGAUACCCCCGAGGAACGGAUCAAAAGCAUUCUCACACAAACUAAGUCCUCAGUGAUGGUGGUCUCUCCAGUGUUGAUGUAUCGGGUUGAACAUCUUCCGAUAACGCGUGCUGUCCUUAGUCAGGAGCUUUUGCAAAACAUACCGCAUGGUGUCUGUGUCCUUGACGAAAAUCACGCCACGGAUGCGGCAUUCGUGAUCUUCACCUCAGGCUCAACUGGCACGCCUAAGGGGUUUACCCUAGAGCAUGGCGCGUUUUGCACGAGUGCUAGAGCUAUCAAUAGGGCUCUCCACAUGGAUGAGCAUACCCGUUGUCUUCAAUUCGCGUCUUUCAGCUUCGAUGCUACUCAGGUCGAGAUCUUUAUGACGCUCAUGGCAGGAGGAUGUGUAUGCAUUCCAUCAGAACGGGCGCGGCUUGACGACAUUGAAGGAGCAAUAACCGGUCUUAGUGUGAAUUGGAUGAUUAUGACACCGACUCUUGCGGCGUCGCUGGAUCCUAGCAGCGCGAAAUGUGUGGAAACCCUUUGCAUUGCUGGAGAAGCACCGACUGAAAAAGUGAUAAGUCUUUGGGCGGACAAAGUCCGUCUUAUCAAUGCAUAUGGUCCCGCCGAAUGUUGUCCCAUCAGUGCAAUAAGAGAUAUCUCUGCCACAACCGAUCUCCCUCGAAACAACGUCGGCUGGGCGACUGAAAAUGCAAUCCUUUGGAUUGUUACACCGCAUAAUCACCGUAUCCUCGCUCCAAUUGGCUCCGUCGGAGAAAUUAUGAUACAAGGGCCAAGUCUGGCCCGUGGAUAUCUGGGGAACACGGAGCAAACGCGCGAGAGGUUUCUGCGAGGCGUCGAUUGGCUGAAAGGCCCCUCUACAGUCGCACUGCCCGCUCUGUAUCGAACGGGCGAUCUGGGCCGCUACCAAGAAGAUGGGAGCAUCCAAUUUAUUGGACGGAAAGACACACAAGUGAAAAUCCGAAGUCAACGUAUCGAACUCGGUGAAAUUGAAUGUCAAGUCGAGAGAGUUGUCGAUCAGAAAUUUGCUGCCGCUGUUGAGACCGCAUCGUCAUCCUCUUCAGGCCAAAUUGUCCUUAUGGCAUUCCUUUGGCGUCCUCAUAAUGAAAUUGCCUGGGGCUCCAAGUCUUCCAUUCUGAUCCCUGAUGCUGAAUUCACAAAUACGGUCUCAAAUAUCAAGGAGCGGCUGAGAUCGGUACUUCCGAAUUACAUGAUACCAAAUUUCUUCAUCCCUCUCGAUGGAGUUCCCCGCAAUAUGUCCGGAAAGGUAGACCGCCGACAGCUACGAGCCUUAGGUGCAUCUCUUCCACAUGGAGCCCUAAGCCUUGAUUGCUCAGUUACAACAGAAGCUGAGCUUCCAGUUACGGACGCUGAACGAAAGUUGCAGAGAGUUUGGACAGAUUUUUUCGGCCUCGAAACAAGGACUGUCAAUUUGAAGAGCGAUUUCUUCCACCAUGGAGGGGAUUCAAUUGCAGCUAUGCGCCUAGCACGACUAGCACGAGCUGAUGGGCUUGAGUUGACUGUGACAGAUAUCCUUCGAUGUCCAACUUUGCAGGCCCAAGCAUCAAUUGUAGAGCAGAGGUCACGCAUUAAGACCAGCAAAGUAGCUUAUCGCCCGUUCAUUUUCUUCGAAGAAUCAACGUAUCUGCGGGACGAAAUUUGCUCCAAAAUUCAUGUGAAUCGUGACAUGAUUCAAGAUGUCUAUCUUGCUACUGAUUUUCAAGCUGCAAAGCUCGGAACCUGGACCACGAAGAAUCGUGGAGGCACAAACUAUGUACUCCUCGAUUUCAAUCCACCGCGAGAUAAAAGGGAGGUCUUAAUGGCCCUCAAUCAAACGAUUGGAGAAUUUGAAAUCUUUCGAACUGUGUUCACCGUGCUCCAUCGACGCGUUUAUCAAAUAAUUUUGAAGAAAGUGCCGGAACUCGAGGCAUUGGAAAUUGGCCUUGGCGACACAAUCAACCAGGUGACUGAAGAGGCCAUUCAAGAAGACAAAAGACGUCCUGUCCAUUUGGAGAACUCAGUUCUAAAUAUUUGGGCUCUUCAAGAACGAAAACGAUGCCAUCGGCUGGUGUUGAGAUUGAAUCAAGCCUUGUACGACGGGACUACGCUGAUCAGCUUCAUCCAAAAUUUCUGCGCAGCCUGCGAUGCUUUGGAGCUUGGUGCCACCUCAAGUCUUCCUGAAUAUCUUCACAGCAUAAAACUCCAUUCUGACGAGAGCUCGCAAAAGUACUGGAUUGAUCUCCUUCGUGGAUCCUCGAUGACAAGAAUCAUCAAACAUUCUUCUCCGUCAUAUUCCCAUGUGCUUGAUGGUGCAGUCAAGGAAAUCAUUCCUAGUUUCAAGUCACAGUUUUCAGGUAUCACCAUCGCCACUGUUAUCAAAGCCGCCUGGGCCAUGGUUUUAUCCCAGAUAUCUGGUAAUUCAGAUGUUGUUUUCGGGGUCACAACUUGGGGUCGUAAUGCCCCAGGUGGUGAAAACGCGAUGGGAUCCUGCAUGGACACUAUCCCAGUCAGAGUAAAUCUGCAAACCCAUCUCUCGCCUUUGGACCUUGUGAACAAAGUGCAGCAACAGGCUAUUGAGUCCAUCCCCCAUGAGAUGUUCGGGUAUCAGCGGAUUGUCGAUCUUUGCACGGAUUGGCGAUCGUGGGAACGCCUUAGCUCAAUUCUCCUCUACCAGAAUUUGGAUCAAGAUAUCGGAAGCUUCCCGCUAAAUGAUGGUCAUAUCCAAGUUAGCGAGCUCCGAUCUCAAUCCGAUCGGGCUGACCUGGCUGUAUACUCUCGGCCUCAUGGCGACGGAAUCUGGGUUGAAAUCAACUACAAUACGUCUCUGGUCUCAAAUUCAUUCGCAUCCGCAGUUCUGACAAGUCUGGUGUCUACAAUACAAAAUUUGGGCGGCCCUACCUCAAUCAACAUUUCCAGGCCCUGCGCGACAUACCGCACUCCCAUCGAUAGUCAGACCAAGAUCACGUCUCAGACAGCGGCAUUUGAGAAUUUUGAGGAGCUUCACCAUGACCGGUAUGAGAAGGCUGAGAAGCUUGUGGCUGACGCCUGGGUUGAAUGUCUUCUGGAAAGCUCAUCUACGAAGACAACAUUUGAAGACAAGUCUGUACCAUUUUACGAGCUGUGGGGCAGCCCAUUGGCAGCCUAUGCCCUCAAAGAAUUUUGGGAACGAAGAGGAAUUCAGAUUGAGGUAGAAGACUUGUACAAUCAUCCCACGGCAUACCUACAGAAGCAAAUGGUGUAUAAUAGAAUCAGCUGA